AUGAGUAGUAAAACCAAGAGCUUCCACGCCGAGCGGCUCGACGAUUUCGUCGUCAUGGGCACCUACGUGAUCUACGUGUGCAUCGCCGCUGAGCUUCUCAUCCUUCCGCAGGUCUCAUCAAUGUUCUACAUGAUGUACGCCGGUGCCGCUCCGAGAGUGAUCUCGUGCGAUUCGCACGUGUUCGCAAAAGAGCUUGAAGGCAAAGAGAUUUGUUUCGAGAUUCAGAAGAGCCUCCCAAAUUGCACACACCCAAAUUUUGCGUAUCAAUUCAAAUCGGUCAACGCCGAGUGGCACUAUUUUUGCACAACGUCGAAGCUCGUCAAAAACAGCAUUUCGAUUCAAAUGAUCGGAGUUCUGACGGGUUCGAUCGUGUUCGGACAAAUUAGCGACUCAUUCGGCAGAAAAAUGGCGUCGCAAAUCGCCAUAAUCGGAAUGGCGCUUGGUUGGCUCAUUGUCACCCAGAGUCAAGACCUAUUGGCGUUCACCGUGUCGCGUACAAUCGUCGGCUUCUUCACCGGCGGCAGUAUAUCGGUGAUCAAUGUCUUCAUAAUGGAGAAUAUUCCGAAGAAGCAUCGAAUGUGGAUCAACAUGGCGAUCACGUGGUCGCCGAAUAUGCCGAUCUACGCGUUGCUCGCAUGGUUGGCCGGCGAUUGGAAGACUCUCGCCUACAUCAAUGCGGCCGUGUGUAUUCCGGGAUUCCUGUUCUUCCAAUUCAUGAUCAAUGAGUCGCCGAGAUGGUUCAUCACCAAAGGGAAACUGCUCGAAGCGAAACAUGUCUUGUAUCGCCAAUUUCGCAUCUCCAAGCAAAUGCACAUGACGGGAGAUGAGUUCGAGGAUAUUCUUCAUCUUGAAUACAACGCGUGCCAGCAGAACAAAAAGAAGGGCCAAUAUUCAUAUUUGCACCUAUUCGCCACACCUCAUCUCAUGCUGAUCACUCUUGUUCUCGCCUUCAGCUACUGCGCCACCUCAAUUGUCAACUACGGUGUUCUUUUCAAUAUGGAAAAAUUGAGCGGCUCGAUCUAUUGGAACUCUGUGUACACUGGAUUGAUGAGAUAUGCAUGCAAUCUAUCAUUUGGAUAUGCCGAUUUGAGAUUCUCAAAAAUCGGCCGCAAGUUUAUUCAUACCUCGGGUCUUGUUGUCAUUAUGAUUUCGUUGACAUUCGUCGUAGCUUCUUAUGCUUUACAUAUGAAUCACGAGCUUCGCGAAUUUAUUCGCAUUGCAAUUCUGUUGGCAAGUUCGAUGACGUCACAGAUUUACAUAGCCGAUGGAAUUGUCGGCAACGAGCUGUUCCCAACCCCAAUCCGAACUAUUGGAUACUCAUUCCUACAGCUUUGGAAUCGCGUCGGCGUCGUCAUCUCGCCAUUCGUCUUUUAUCUGGCCGAUUAUUGGAUACCGCUGCCAUUCUGCGUGAUGAUCGUUCUAUCGCUCGUCGACACCUGCUCGUUCGAAUGCCUUCUCGAUGAGACCAAAGGCAAACCACUCGUCGAGCACAUGCCGCCAAAACGGGAAUGGUUCUUCUCAAAGAAGAAUGGCGAUAUCGAAUUGGAGGGCAAGCCGAUCGACGACGUCGAGCCAUUGAAAAUCGAAACAAUCUGA